AUGAAGUACAUUCUUGUUACCGGAGGUGUCAUUAGCGGCGUGGGAAAGGGCAUCAUUGCCUCUUCCACCGGCCUGCUUCUCAAGUCUCUCGGCUUGAAGGUUACGGCCAUCAAAAUUGAUCCGUACAUCAACCUGGACGCUGGAACCAUGAAACCCACCGAACACGGUGAAUGUUUUGUUCUAGCUGAUGGCGGUGAAGUCGAUCUCGACAUGGGAAACUACGAGCGAUACCUCGCAGGUAUCUCGCUGACGCGCGAGCACAAUAUCACGACUGGCCAGGUGUACAAGGAGGUGAUCGAUAGGGAGCGACGCGGCGACUACCUCGGCAAGACGGUGCAGAUUGUGCCUCACGUAACCAAUGCGAUCCGUGAAAGGAUCGAGAGGGUGGCCAGGAUCCCUGUCGACGCCUCUGGAGAGGAGCCUGACGUGUGCAUCGUCGAACUCGGCGGAACGGUUGGUGAUAUCGAGUCCAUGCCCUUUGUCGAAGCUAUAACACAGCUCCGGUAUCGCACUCCCAAGGACGAUUUCUUCAGCAUCCACGUUUCCUUCGUCCCCGAGAUCCAUGGCGAGCAAAAGACGAAGCCGACGCAGCACUCGGUCAAGACGGUCCGUAGCGCGGGCAUCAUCCCCGAUCUUCUCGCUUGCCGAUGCAACAAGCCCCUCGAAGCUAGCACGGUCUCCAAGAUUGCGCUCCACUGCCAAGUCGAAGAGAGGCAGGUCCUCGUCGUGUACGACAUGCCCAGCAUCUACCAGGUGCCCAUCCUCCUGGACGCGCAAGACCUCGUUUCCGUGCUCAACCCGGCGCUCAACCUCAACAAGAUCCCCUCAACCCCACACGCCCGCGACGAUCCGCCCGUGACCAUUGUCCUGGUGGGCAAGUACACGGAGCUCCACGACUCGUACCUAUCGGUGCUCAAGUCUCUCGAGCACUCGGCCAUGAAGGUCCGUCGCACGCUCGAUUUGCAGUGGAUCGACUCGGAGCUCCUCGAAGAGGGCGCCGACAAGGAGGCGUACGAGACGGCGUGGAAAAAGGUUCGCAGCGCCAACGGAGUUCUCGUGCCCGGCGGUUUCGGCCACCGAGGCACCGAGGGCAUGAUGGCGGCGGCUAAAUACGCGCGCGAGAACAAGAUUCCCUACCUCGGCAUCUGCCUCGGUAUGCAGGUUGCCGUGAUUGAGUUUGCCCGCAACGUGGCCAACCUCAACGGCGCGACCUCGGAGGAGUUUGACGGCAACGCGGAGCACCAAGUCGUCAUUUUCAUGCCCGAGAUCGACAAGACCAAGAUGGGCGGCACGAUGCGUCUUGGACUCCACGAUACACACUUCCAGCCUGGCAGCGAGUGGAGCAGGCUCCGACAGGUAUACGGCAACGCCGAGGUGGUCAGCGAGCGCCACAGGCACCGGUACGAAGGCGACCGGGGCGAGAGGAUGGAGAUUAUGGAGAUCAAGGAGCACCCGUACUACGUGGGUGUGCAGUACCAUCCCGAGUACACGAGCCGGGUUCUCGAUGCCAGCAAGCCGUACCUCGGAUUCGUUGCCGCGAGCGCCGGCUGUCUCGAGGGCAUCAUGAAGGAGAUGGCCCAGCGGGGUACCAACGGAGCUGCGUAA